AGGAUUGUCCUGGGUCCGCUCCGCCGCCUUCGCUGCGUGACUCCUCCCGCCGGCCCCGCCAUGGUCUCGGCUCCGCGCUGCCCGCCGGGCGUCUGGGGGCUCCUGGCGCUGCUGCUGCUGCUGCCCCUGCCCGGGGCUCGCGGCAAUUGUGAUUCUCCUCCAAGAUUGAGUUUUGCUGAGCUGCCUGGGGCAGUGAACAAUUCCUAUCCUGUUGGGACCAAACUGAAAUACUCCUGUCGCCCAGGAUACAUGUUGGUCUCUGGAAAGUCUCCUUACGUUACAUGUCUUGCAAAUUCAACAUGGUCAGUAGACCCUGAGUUUUGUGUAGGAAGACCAUGUAAACCACUAGAACUAGAAAAUGGCAUGGUUCAUUUCAUGGAUCUCCAGUUUGGUGCAACAGCAAACUUCUCCUGUAAUGAAGGGUACAGAUUAAAUGGACCAACUUCUGCCAAAUGUGUGGUUGUGGGAAAUGGAGUUGAUUGGGAUAAGGAGCUUCCACUUUGCGAAGCAAUACCUUGUAUUCCACCUCCUGGUAUCACCCAUGGAUCCCAUACUGGUCAGAGUGAACAAGAGUUUUCCUUUGGCUCAGCAGUAACUUACAAAUGUGACCAGGGCUUCUCUCUUAUUGGAGAGGCCUCCAUUCAUUGUACAACGAAAGAUAAUCGCAAUGGAGACUGGAGUGGACCUGCUCCUGAAUGCAAAGUGGUCAAUUGUCCAGAGCCAGAAGUCAAAAAUGGAAAAAAGCAAUCUGGGUAUGGACUCCAUUAUUCAUAUGGAAACACCGUAAUAUUUGAAUGCGAUUCUGGCUACACUCUGAAGGGUAGCAGUUCAGUUAAAUGUGAAGCUAACAAUUUAUGGUUUCCAUCUUUGCCAACUUGUCUACGGCAGAACACUGGUACCACGAUUGCUAUUGACAGGCCCCGCCCCGCAGCCUGCAGACCCCGCCCCCCGCUGCUGGCCCCGCCCCCCAGUGCUGGCUCCGCUGACGGCAGGCGCCGGGGCCGCUUCUUGAGUCAGUCCCCGCGGGUGCGUCGUCGAAGCAGCAUCGUCCUGGGUCCGCUCCGCCGCCUUCGCUGCGUGACUCCUCCCGCCGGCCCCGCCAUGGUCUCGGCUCCGCGCUGCCCGCCGGGCGUCUGGGGGCUCCUGGCGCUGCUGCUGCUGCUGCCCCUGCCCGGGGCUCGCGGAAGACAAUGUAAAACACUAGAACUAGGAAAUGGCAGGGUUCAUUUCACGGAUCUCCAGGUUGGUGCAACAGCAAACUUCUCCUGUAAUGAAGGGUACAGAUUAAUUGGACCGACUUCUGCCCAAUGUGCACUUGUGGGAAAUGGAGUUGAUUGGGAUAAGGAGGUUCCACUUUGUCAAGCAAUACCUUGUCUUCCACCUCCUGGUAUUACCCAUGGAUCCCAUACUGGUCAGAGUGAACAAGAGUUUUCCUUUGGCUCAGCGAUAACUUACAAAUGUGACCAGGGCUUCUCUCUUAUUGGAGAGGCCUCCAUUCAUUGUACAACAAAAGAUCAUGUCAAUGGAAAGUGGAGUGGGCCUGCUCCUGAAUGCAAAGCGAUUACUUGUUCUCCUCCUCCUAAUAUUGCCAAUGGGAUGCACAAUGGCGGCAACGUGGAAAUCUUUGAUUAUAACUCAUCGGUAACUUACAAAUGUGAUGAUAAUUUCUCACUUACUGGAGAGGCCUCCAUUCACUGUACAACUAAAGAUAACAUCAAUGGAGUCUGGAAUGGGCCUGCCCCUGAAUGCAAAGGCAUUUGUGAUUCUCCUCCAAGGUUGAGUUUUGCUGAGCUGCCUGGGGUAGUGAACGAUUCCUAUCCUUUUGGGACCCAACUGAAAUACUCCUGUCACCCAGGAUACAUUUUGGGCUCUGGAAAGUCUCCUGUAGUUACAUGUCUUGCAAAUUCAACAUGGUCAGUAGACCCUGAGUUUUGUGUAGGCACUUGUGAUUCUCCUCCAAGACUGAGUUUUGCUGAGCUGCCUGGGGCAAUGAACAAUUCCUAUCCUGUUGGGACCAAACUGAAAUACUCCUGUCACCCAGGAUACAUGUUGGGCUCUGGAAAGUCUCCUUUUGUUACAUGUCUUGCAAAUUCAACAUGGUCAGUAGACCCUGAGUUUUGUGUAGGAAGACCAUGUAAACAACUAGAACUAGAAAAUGGCAGGGUUCAUUUCACGGAUCUCCGGUUUGGUGCAACAGCAAACUUCUCCUGUAAUGAAGGGUACAGAUUAAAUGGACCAACUUCUGCCAAAUGUGUGGUUGUGGGAAAUGGAGUUGAUUGGGAUAAGGAGCUUCCACUUUGCGAAGCAAUACCUUGUCUUCCACCUCCUCAUAUCACCAAUGGAUCCCAUACUGGUCAGAGUGAACNAGGGUGA